CUAAAAGUACAGAGGGGCUAGAGAGGCAGCUGUGACCUACUUUGUCAUUUCAUCUCCCGACUGUUCCUACACCCUGUAAUGAGAAGCAGCUACAGGUUGAUCUGUAAGGCAGGUUAUUGUUAUGCACUAGAACUGGUGGAACAACUGCUGUCUGCCCUUCAUUAAGGCUUGUGUUUAGCUGCUCUACUUGACCUUAAGUGGCUGUAACUUGGCGGAGAAAGUUUGAAUCUUUCUGUUGUGUGUUCUUGCCUAGCUCCCUCCUGGAGCCAAAUCCCCUUUUUCCCUUUGUUGAGCGGUGCCUUGGCGGCUGGCAAGGCUGAAAGUUUAGCAAGUUCUGCAAAUAACUUCACAUCACAAUAGAAAGUGGGUUGUUUUUUUCCCCUUUUUCCUGCUCAUAAACGCCUCCUUGAAGAUUGCAGCUGGGCAGGACUCCAAAGGUGCAGCAGCAGCAACAACAAACCAGUAGUUCAGAGUUAGCAAAUUGCACAACUUCCAGCUCAUCGCUACGCUGGGUGACUACUAACGAGCUGAAGGGGAGGAAAGAACACCCCAGCCUUGGGUUUGGACGCGUUGAUGUGGUGGUUCGGCCGCUGGAGUGGCUAUGGCUCCCUUUGGAAGGAAUCUAUUAAAGACCCGGCACAAAAGCAGAACUGCAGAACCAGUGGGAGCUGAGCUGGUUAAUUGAAAGCGGUGGUCGAUUUUGAGACUCUUCUCUGGGAUUAUCUGUCUCCCUCCUAACCCCCCGCACCAACUUUUUCCGAAGUUUGCCUGGAUGUAGGAACUGGGUCCUGAAAACUUCCAAGACUCCCUCCCGUUUCUUACCACAUCCCUUUAAUUAUCUCCAGACAAGAACAUGGCUUCUGAUGAAAGGGAGAUAGUGGUUUGGGUAUGCCAGGAGGAGAAAAUUGUGUGCGGACUGACAAAGCGCACAACCUGUGCUGACGUGAUCCAAGCUCUACUAGAGGAUCAUCAAGCUACAUUUGGAGAAAAAAGGUUUCUUUUUGGACAACCUAGAGAUUAUUGUAUCAUAGAAAAAUGGAGAGGCUCUGAGCGGGUCCUUCCCCCGCUGACAAAAAUGCUGAGACUUUGGAAGGCUUGGGGAGAAGAGCAGCCCAAUUUGCACUUUGUUCUGGUAAAGUCAGAUGCUUUCCUCUCAUUUCCAUUGUGGAGGACAGCUGAAGCAAAGAUAGUACAAAACAUAGAAAGACAAUGGGAGCUCAGCCCAGUGAAUUACAUGAAGAUGUUGCCAGUGGAUAAGCAAAAGAGGAUUGUUAGAAAGACUUUCAGGAAACUGGCCAAACUUAAACAGGACAAUACUCUGCAAGAGCGAGACAAUAUGGAGACAUUGAUUCAUCUGAUCAUUUCCCAAGAUCAUACCAUUCAUCAGCAAGUCAACAGAAUGAAGGAAUUGGAUACGGAAAUUGAAAAAUGUGAAGCCAAAUUCCACCUAGUUCAGGUAGAGAAUGAUGGAGAAAAUUAUGUGCAGGAUUCUUAUUUAAUGGCUACUCCAAAUGAUGCCGAGCAACAAACACAUGUGCCACAUGGUCAACAUCAGAUGCAUGAAUACUUGAGCAAAAGUGAUGGAAUUUUACAGAUGGAAGAAGGACUGAAACAUCACAAACUACUAAUUGAAAAGCUCUGUGCCGAAAUUGAAAAAGAGGUAAAAGGUGUAUGCACUGAAAAAAAUGGAGAUGGUAAAUGCAUGGCAGAGGCCUUAAAUGGCCAACUAGAAUCCUCAAAUUUAGAAAGUGUCAAACAUGAGUUGGAAAAAAGUACAAAAGAUGGCUUGAGAAUCCACUCUCACUUGAGCUGCAUUCAGAAAGAGCUUGCCUACAGGGACUUGCUGCUGCAAAAGAAGGAAAAAGAAUAUGAACUCCUUGCAGAAGAAUUUAAUUCACUGCAUAUCAAAGACAAAAUUGAAUCCAGAUGUACAGCUAACGAAGAGCAAGCAAAAGGCAGCGAGGUUACCAGCAAGUGUGUCGCAGUGCCAGACUUUGUUCGUAAAGUGACUAAUUUAGACAUAAAUGAUACGGACUCUGACACUGGAAUCAGCUCAACUCAUAGUCAGGACUCUGAAACAGCUUUAGGAGACAUGAUAUUGUUGUCAACAUAGCUGGAGACCAUUGUGCACAUGACAAAGAGCAAUAUAAAAACAACCAUCUUUGGGGGAUAUUUAUCCUUUUUAAUAUCUUGCUAUCAUAGGGUAUGUCUACACUGCAGCUGAAAGUGAGCCUCCCAGCCUGGGUAGACAGACUUGUACUAGCAGGGCUUGAGCUAGCUCGCCAAAAACAGCAGUAUGGAUAUCACGGCUAGGGCUGCAACCUAGGCUCUGAAGCCGGCCCGACCCCCUAGGCUUGAGAGCCCGAACUACAGCCCAAACAACAUCAUCCACUGUUAUAGUGUGUUAGCUUGAGCCUCUAGUGCAAAUCUGUCUACUCAGGCAGGGAGGAUAUGGUAUAAGACAUGUCCAUAUCAUCUCGGACCUGAAGGUGUUGACCACUCUGGCCUCAAUCCAACAAAGCACUUUAGUAUGUGUGUAACUAUGAACACAAGGGACUACACGUGCUCAAACUGACACACAUUCUAGCAUGUAAGUAAUCCCGUGCAUUUACAGUUACACACGUGCUAAAGUACUUUGCUGGAUUGGGGUCAGAGUGUUCAGUGUUUUGUAAGACUGAGCUUCAUUGAGACAAAAGUAUUCUGAUGGGAGAUGGCCUGAACCAAAAUUCCAGAUCUGAACCCCCCUGAUCUUUGGGUCCAUCUCUACAUCUGACUAAUCUUUUAGGAAUGUGGACAUAAGGGAUAGACCAAUUUAGACAGACAACUUGAUUCUCUGCUCCGUUACACUGGCUUUCUUCAACUGGAGUAACAGGGUGUAGGAUAAGGCACACAAUUGGUUAAAAUAUAGUUUUCAUGAUACUGUAGAGCUGAUAAAAAGCAUACUUUUUAUGUUGUAUAUUUAAAUCAUUAGCACAUAUCACAAAGGGUAAAGUUUUCAAAAGCACUUAAGUGCCAUUUUCAUAAGUGACUUAAGCACAUAGAUUUAUGUCUACACUGCAAUUAAAACCCAAUGGCUGGCCCAUGUCAGCUAAGGGGCUGUUGAAUUGUAAUGUAGACAGUCAGGUUUGGGCUUGGGCUGGAGCCCAAACAUCUACACCGCAAUUAAACAGCCCCUUAGCCCAAGCCCCUUGAGCCCAAAUCAGCUGACAUGGGCCAGCUGUGGGUGUUUAAUUGCAGUGUAGGCAUACUCUAGCAGUCUCAGUCCCAUUGACUUUCAGUAAGAUUUGGGGUUAAAAGUUAAUCUGGAAUAGGGUAAGUAAGAAUUUAAAGUGAAUUGUUCCUGAUUUAACACCAUGUUUGGAAUUUCUUAUUCCAGAAUGAGAGCUUCCAUACAGGGAGUUAAUCAGGAAUAAUUAAUUAGGAAUAGCUGAAUAACUCCCUGUGGUAGACAAGCCCUUAGGCUCUUAAAGACCAGAUCUUCAGAGGUUUUUAGGACCUAACUACCAUUGAAGUUGGUGGGAGUUAGAUGCCUAAUACUUUUGAGGAUCUGGCCCCUAAGUCACUUAAGAAUGUCUGUCUGAAAAUUUACUCUGAAAUCUGACUAAAUGUAUUUAAUGGGAACUAUGUACUAGCUAAGCAACACAAAGUUCAGUCAGAUCCUGGACUUAAGUCUUAAACAAUGAAUGAAAAGAUGACAUAGAUAGCAUAAAUCUAAAAGAAUUUCAAAUACAUUCUUUUCCUAUCCUAUAUUUUGGCGUUCAUUAGGGUCCUCCCACUACCCUCAAGUAUCUGCCAGUCAUCAGGUUUUCAGAAUAACUAGAACACUGUGGAUUUAAGAUUGUAAAUAUGACUUUGGAGAGCAACAUUUCCUGAACACCACAAAUUGUUUGUUUUUAAAGACUUGUGAACUCUGGACUUUAUGAGCAGAGUUUGUGUUUGCAGAUAUCUGUCUUGGAUGCCUUAAUAUAUUUUAUCACUCAACAUUAUAUAGAAUGAUUGGGAUGCUUCAAGUGUAACAUAUGGAGCUCAGCUACAUGAGUUCUUGAUGAAAACUCAGAUCUAUAGCAAACAAGAUAUCUUAAUUUUGUAAUAAUUUAUUAACACAACUCAGCAUCUUUUGUACUCUGUGUGUCGUACUGAUAUUAGACGUUGCAUGCAGUUCUCAGUUCAGAGCUUUGAAUGUUGAGAGCAGGCUAAUGUAUUUCAUGAGUUCUUGUGCAGUUAGAGAUUUUGUUUAAUGUCAGCAAUUUUUAUAAAUACAGGUUUCUAGCCUGUCUUUUCCUAUUGAAAUUCUUUCCUGUGCAGAAGGCCAGCACUAUGUCUUUGGGCCACUUCAUUCCCACAUAUGCCCUCCAUCAAAAUAGGGUUUUUUGCAGAGCUGGGUAGUUGAUUUUUCAAGUAAGUGGCAAUUCCAAAAAUAAUAAUACGAAGAAUUAGGUUUGGAUUGAACCAAAUCUGAAAAUGUCUAGAAUUCUCAGUGAAUCGGAAGAGUCCAUUUCAGCUCUGCUCCGGAGUGGGGAUUCAAAACUGGGUUUCCCACAUCCCAAGUGAAUGCCUUCCUAGAAAAUUAAAGUGAA